AUGUAUCAAAGAGAUGAUCUUUGGCUGCUGAAUGAUUUUAUGAUUGAUCCCGCACCAUUAGCUUUCACAUUUGCUCAACUAGCAAUAGCUAAAGGUUAUGUGGGUACGAAAACUUGGACUUCAAAUUUCACCAAAAUACAUAUGAUUAAAAUUGGUGUUCCAGAUACAUUUAAUUUUUCACUCUCACCCGAUAAUUGGAUUGAUAAUUAUGUCAUUACAUCCGGUUCUAAUGGACAUAGUAUAGCACUUGCUGGUGCAGCUUAUGGCGAAGUACUUGGUUACGAACGUUCACUAUUUUUUAAACCAGAUGAAGCAGGAAAAAAAGAUUUUGAAGAUUUAAGUAAACAAGGUACAUUUGGUAAAGCACGAUUGUCUAAUACAGUUAAAAAAGAAUAUAAUGCAUAUAACAUCAUUUACAAAUAUGAAUUAAAAUCAGCAAAUCGAAGUGUUGUAAAUUUUCUUCAAGUGCUUUGUGCAAAUAAUAUUGAUAAACCAGUUGGUACUGUUGUGCAUACGGGAAUGUUAAAUGAACAAGUUGGUUAUGAAAGUAUCAGUUUCUUUUGUUUAGAUAUUUUACUCAACGAACUCUUCGAAUUGAACGUAUGGUAUCCAUCUUGGAGACAUUAUAUUAAUAAGAAAACGACACCAUUUUAUUUAAAUCAAGAAUAUCAUAUAUCAUUUGAUAAAAAUUUUAUUGGUAAAGUAGCUUCAUUAAAACAAAAACAAGAUGGUAUACAAAAACGAUUUGUUCAAUUUCUUCUUGAAGAUCACAAUCUUGAUUUAGGAUUUGUUCAUGCGCCUUCUUUAAAAAAGAUCACAGUCAAUUAUAUUCGUGGAGCUACAUAUGAAACUAAUAUAGCAACUAAACGAUUAAAAGCACAUCCUAAUGUCUAUCAACCAACUGAAAUGGGUCGUACAGUUCUACUAUAUACAAAUUAA